UACUGCGCGCGCGCAGACUCCGGCGUCUACUUCCGGUGUGGCCCAGGCGGGGUCCGCAGAACCAGCUAUGUCGGCCUACGGCAUGCCCAGGUACAAGAGCGGGGACCUGGUGUUUGCCAAGUUGAAGGGCUAUGCCCACUGGCCGGCGAGGAUAGAGCACAUGACCCAGCCCAACCGCUACCAGGUGUUUUUCUUCGGGACCCACGAGACGGCCUUCCUGAGUCCCAAACGCCUGUUCCCGUACAAGGAGUGCAAGGAGAAGUUCGGCAAGCCCAACAAGAGGCGCGGCUUCAGCGAGGGGCUGUGGGAGAUCGAGAACAACCCCACGGUCCAGGCCUCCGACAGCCCAUUAGCCUCAGAGAAGGGCAGCGGAGACGCGCCUUGGCCGGAGCCCGAGGCCGCGGAGGGCGACGAGGACAAGCCGACCCACCCUGAUGGCGGCGACGAAUUGGGGAAGCCGGUCGACGACAAGCCCACUGAGGAGGAGAAGGAGAAGGGGCCGCUGAAGAGGAGCGCGGGGGACCCGCCGGAGGACGCCCCCAAACGACCUAAGAAGGCAGCCCCCGACCAAGAGGAGAAGGAGGAGGCGGAGGCGGAGGCGGAGGCGGUGGCGGUGGCGGAGGCGGUGGCGGAGGCGGAGGCGGUGGCUGCGGCGGCGGCGGCCGCGGCCGCCGUCGAAGAGGAGAGUCCGCUCCUCGUGGCGGUGGAGAACGGCAGCGACCCUAGCGAGCCCGGCCUGGCCUGCGAGCCGCCUCAGCCAGAGGAGGAGGAGCUCCGGGAGGAAGAAGUCGCCGACGAGGAGGCCUCCCAGGAGUCGCAUGCCGAGGCACCGGGCGGCGGAGAUCGCGACAGCCUGUAGUUACCAGCGUUUCCAGAAGAGCCCCUGCCCCGGUCCUGCUGCAGCCUGGCCGUUCUUGGGGAAUCUGGCCACGGCCUGCAAUCUGGGACUGCCUUUCCCUCUCCCCAGCCCGUCCUCCUCCAACCCGCGCUCCUUUGCCCUGCCCGUCCCCUGGAUGGCAGGCCACCUGACUCUCACCUCUGCCCCCAAGCCUCUGUGAUCUGAGUCAGGGCCUCAGUUCCCUCCCUGGGAUAAAGUGAGGCCACCAUCCCAGCUUCCGGCUCCCUCUUCUCCCCCCUAUACCCCCUACCCCACCCCACGCCCGCUUGCCACUCGUUGCCUGGAUCCGUUUCGGACUUGGGGUUCAGGCAGGCUGUUUUCACCUCUAGACACCCCUCUCCACCCCUCCUACUUUCCCAGGCAUUAUGGACCUCUGCUUAGGAAUAUGGGUAGGAGUGAAAAGCCUGGCAGAUAAAGAGCAGAGGGCACUUCCAGGGCUUGGGAUGGGCAGUCUUCAAGCUGUGGUAGUUAGCGGGCAGGAGAGCGACAUCUUCCUGAGCUCCUGCCCAUGCCUGCCAUACCUCCCAGCUUCAGACAUUCAGGGAAAAGGGGCAGCAUGUGGAGAAUGCCCCCUCCCCGUCUUCCACAAAUCCUUUUGCUGGCCCAGGAAGUUCUGGGAGUUGCCGUUUUUCAUCAAAACAUUUGGGGGCUUCCAAGUUGUUUGUGAGAUCUGAAAACUUGACUUUGCCCAAUAUCCUGGUUGGGGACCGUGAGAAAUAUCUGUCCCCAUUUAGAUCUCUGGGGCCACUGAUGGGAUGCCCUGGGAAGAUCCUUGGCUGCCGCUUUCUCUCCCCACAGCCUCAAGGACACCCUACGGUCAUAUAUCUCACUCAGGCAUAGAAGAAAAGACACAUAUCUUAUAAAAUCUUUAAUAAAAGGAAGUUCCAAAAAAAUUUUUAAGAACUACCCCUAGGUGUGCCUCAACGCUGGCCCUAGCUUUCCCACUGCUGUUCCAUUUCUGAGAUAAACUGGAAGGCUCCCUUUCUGUUUGAAGUUUAUGACUUGUAGUAAGGCUUUGCUGUUCCUCACGGUGUCAUUUUCCAUUCAGGUACCAUCACCUGGUCCCAUCAACAGGUCUAGUAUGUAGCCCACUGAUACAACAGAGGAAGAUGUGUCUUCUCUCACCCUCUUCCUAAUGGUCUUUAUGCCUUUCUCCAACUAUUGUCUCUUUCACCCCUUCCCCUCUCCCUUGGGCUCUGAUGAAAAAUUGUUGACUGCAGCUUCGGAAGUUUGAUCUGAGAACCAACCAUAGAAUAUUUCAGUUCUAGGAAAUAAAACCAGUUGAUUACAGCAAA